CGCAGUCCAUGUCCUCUCUUCUUCCCUUUAUAUGCACGCGAACACGAGAACGAUGGAGAGUAAACACAACCAGCCAGCCAACCACAAAGGCGACCUCCCGGCGACGAGCUCACCUGCACCUACACCUCAGCUCGCUCGCCGGAGACUGAUAAUGGGGGAGGCGCAAGCGCCGGCUGCGGCAUCAUUCAGCCUCGCGCAGCGGCGGGGCGGCGGCCUCCGCCUGCCGCGCCGCGUCGGCCGGCGCAAGGUCCACGUCGUCCGCCUCGGCGGUGGAUGCAGCAGCGCGCGGACGGGCGGCGGAGGCCGCGGGCUGUGCCUACGCCGGCUCAGGCUCCGGUGGCUCCGCCGCGCCGUGUGGCGGCUCGCGGAGCUCUGCGUCGCGGCGCUGUCUGGCCCGCUCGGGGCCGGAGCGGCGGCGGCGGCGACCGACGCGACGUCGCCGUGGGGGGGCGGCGCCGCCGUCGCCGUCGACCCCUACGCCUUCGCCGCGCCGUUCGUCCCGGCCGUGCUGCUGAAGCGCGCGGGAAAAGGCUACUAAGUACAUAUACGUGACAGUUUAUUAACUACGCUUUUUUCUUUUCUCCUUCCAUUUUAAUUUGAAUUAUGUUUCCAAUUUUCUUUUGGUUCCAUUUCUGUUUAGUUUGGCUUCUGAAGCAUGGGAACUGAAGAACAGUGUACCGUGCUAUUGUAACACCCAAUUAUAUAAAAGCUAUGAACGCUACAAAUUCUGUCCAACUCUGGACUUUUGUGUGUA